AUGCACGUGGUAGGACCGCACCCGGCGAUCACCACGCACCAUGUCAAGGUCCUGGUGGAUUCCAAGGACCGUUUGUACCUGAACAAGCGCGAGGGCUCACGCGGGCCGAAGGUACCCGGCAAUGUGAUGCUGCUGUAUGAUGAGUCCAAAGACGACUUUGUUGACAUCAGCCACAACAUUGACAUUCGCAACAUGCUGGGGCAGUGCUGCGGACCCAUGGGAGGGACAGUGGUCGACCCGAACGGAACCAUUUACGGCAGCACGGAAUGGGGAAUUUGGCAGCUGGAUGCUGCGGACAACUUCACUUGGAACAAGAUUGACUAUUAUUGGGGCAACGCCAAGCUGAAAUGGCUCGGGCAGCACCUCUUCCAUCAGCCGAGGGGCAACAAGUUCAUCCGCCAGAAUGUGGAGACCCUCAGGCGUCAUGAGAUCGCUCCGCCAACGUUUGGAAAUUCCACUGAGCUGCACUUGAGCGGAGCUGUGCUGAUGGAAGGAGGUGAGCGCUUGGUGACGUUCGUGCGCGAGAAUCGCCGGCGACGUGACGACCCGACGCGCCGCCGCCGACGGAAUGAGGGAACGAUCAUGACGAUGACAAAGGACAUCUCCUCCUUGCCGCCGAAGGAUCGAAACCUGCAAGCUUCCCUGGCCACGUAUCUGCCGGAAGAAGGAGAAGCCGUGGGAGCCGCUUUCACCAGCGACGGGAAGAUCAUUGUGGCCGGAACUUUCGCCUCCCUUGGCAAACUGCUGCUGCUCGACGAGUCCGGCGUGCAGACUGAGUACUCUCUAGGCAACGUGACCGUCUACGACUUGGAUGCCAUGGUGAACGAAAGUUCGCUGGUGGUCAGCGGUUCGUUUGGAGUGAAGCGCGUGGAUGUGUCGGCUACCAACUUCAGUGAGGUGUGGAGCUGGACUCCUGAGGACCUCUCCGGCGAAGUGCGUGUCAGCACGGCUGCCGGGAAGACGGCCGUGUUGUAUCAAAAGACC